AUGUCAGAGAUUUCUAUUCAUAUUCGACAUUGCAUUUUGUAUGAGUUCCAACUGGGGAACAAUGCAAGUGCUGCUGUGCACAAUAUAUGUGCUGCACUUGGUGAAGGUGUUGUUGCUGAUCGCACUUGUCGAGAUUGGUUUAAAAGAUUUCGGGAAGGUGAUAUGUCAUUGGAAGAUCGUCCAAGGUCUGGACGUCCUCUGGAAAUUGAUAUUGAACAAUUAAAAGUCCUGAUCGAAGACAAUCCACGAUUAACUACCAGUGAAUUAUCAGCUAUGCUUCUAUGCGAUCACUCCACCAUCGAUCGGCAUUUACAUGAAAUUGGAAAAGUUGUUAGAACAGAAAUACUAUUUCAUUUCGUUUUUUUUGAAUUUGGUGGAACUAUUUUUUGUUAUACUGCUGAUUAA